GUGUAAACGCUGCCUAAAUGGUCGCCAAUCUUAUUUUCCGGUCAAUAAUAAUGCGCUUACAUGAAGUAUAACAACUUGUAUUUUCUCCAAGCAUCAUGGCACCACAGCAAAGCACAGUUUAUUGUUUGCAAAAUAUACCAUCAUAUUUGGUCGAAGCCUGGUCGAAGUAAAAUAAAUGAACGUUGAAUAUAGCAUUAAGAAUGGCAAAUGAGUCGAAAUCAAUUGAGGAAAUCCACGAUGCAGUAAAACGAAGAUUAUUUGCUGACGAAUGUGUGCCACAGUUAGUUGGACUAGAUAACCAAAUAAUGUAUGUUUAAUAUUGACAGAUUGCAUUUAUUUUCCGCACAUGGGGGGUUCCAGACUAGCUGGAAUCAUUGCUGUGCGCGGGGAAGUUCUUCUCCACGCAAUUUUGAUAUUUUCUAUAUAUUUACUAUUAAAUUUUCGAAAUCUUCCCCGCGCAAUUUCCAAACUUUCCAGCCGGGAGGGGGUUGAGGACAUCUUUUUACCGGCUAAAUUGUAACCCCCUGAAAUUCAGUUUAUAUACUCCCUUCCCUAGAAAUUCAUUGCCAGAUACCCCUGCAAAAUGGCUUUAAUCACAGACCACCCACCUUUGGUUUCUAAUUACCCCACCCCCUGGAUUUCUGCGGUCGUUUUCACUCCUCCCCCUGGAUUUCCAAGGCCAUUUUUACACACGUCCCCUGGAUUUUUCAUUGUCCUCAACCCCCCUGUGCGGAAAAUAAAUGUUCAUGUUCAUAUGUUAUACUGUACAGGCACGGAUUUUCUGGGGACUGUGCACCCCCCAGAAAUGAUUUGCACCCCCCAGAGGCAUUUGGCACCGCCCCCAAAAGUUUUUGCACCCCCGCAAAUUAUAUAUAUUUUGAUUUGAUAGUUUCAUGUUUGAUUAUUCUAAUACUACUAAAUUUGUAAUUUUAAUUACCAAUAUUAUGGUCUCAGAUCUCGCCACGGCAGGUACAAACCACAGGUUGCAGGUUGCCGGUUGGAAUUUUGCAGGUUGGGAAUUUUGCAGGUUGGAAUUUUGCAGGUUGGGAAUUUUGCAGGUUGGAAUUUUGCAGGUUGGGGAUUUUGCAGGUUGGAAUUUUGCAGGUCGCCAGGAAUUUUGCAGGUUGAUGAUGCAAACUUAAAAUUACACCACUAUAAAGUAUUCUAGUAUAAUUUAAUUGUGUACUGAUUGCAGUCUGACUCCUUGUCGGCACUUUUAAUAUCAGCCUAUCCUGCUAUCAUGUUCCUAGCUUCUGCUCUAAGGAGUGGCCAUCACCCUUGUGAAAACAUUCAAAAUGACCAGAUUGGCUUGGACCUUCAGGGGGACGGAUGUUUCGAUUGUUGUGAGGAGCCAACAUGACAUGGUGGCAGUUCAGAAAAUGCCUGAAUGAGGUGUCUCUCUUCUGCACCCACUUAUGAGAAGUCCAUUCAAGCCCCCAAUUACCUUAUCAUUAGUCGAGAGUUAGUUAACUUUUAACAAUAUUCUAGUAUAAAUGCCGCCAGGUCAUGUAGGCACCUCGCCACAAUCAAAACAUUCGUUUCCCUGUAGGUUCAAGCCAAUCUGGUCAUUUUGAAUGUUUUUACGGUGAUGAUGGCCACUAGCCUUAGAGCAGAGGCUAGGAACAUGGCAACAGGGUAGGCUGAUUAGUUGAUAUCAAAAGCGCCGACAAGGAGUCAGACUGCAAUAAAUGCACAACUAAGUUAUACUAGAAUACUAAAAAAGUGGUGUAAUUUUAAGUUUGCAUUAUCAACCUGCAAAGUUCCUGGCAACCUGCAAAAUUCCAACCUGCAAAAUCCCCAACCUGCAAAAUUCCAACCUGCAAAAUACCCAACCUGCAAAAUUCCAACCUGCAAAAUUCCCAACCUGCAAAAUUCCAACCUGCAACCUGCGUUUUGUACCUGCCAGAUCUCGCCAUGCAGGCCUAGAAAACAAAUUUUGUUAAACGUUUUCCUUGGCCUUUCCGGGCGUUGCCACCAGGCCCGGACAAAGCAAGCAGCAGCACACCCCCAGAUAUUUAUCCACCCCCCGAACGAAAAUAUGAAAAUCCGUCUCCGAUACCGUAAACCUCCGAAUAUAAGCCCUGGGCUUAUAUUCAUUUGUAAGCAUUUUUUGAUGGGCUUAUACAUAGGGAGGCUUAUAUACAGAUGCCAUUUGACAUUUAUAGUAGUAAUAUUUAUUAUACUGGUAAACUAUAUUCAUGGGCUUAUACACAGAGGAGCUUAUAUUCGGGGGGGGGGGGAGGCUGAUAUUUGGAAUGACCUGAGCAACCAAGAUGUCGGUUUUAUGAUACAACUUUACACAGUGGCCCAGGAUGGAUUGUUUGCCAGGUUGCAGGUUCACACUAUUUUGGUUAAGAUGGCCCUCGGUUAGAUUGAGUUCAGUUAGGUUGGGGAGUGAAAUCAUUUCCAGAUCAGACUGCCAUCUGGAGUCUAUUUGUUAAAAUCUCCUAACAUUGGCUUUCAUGCAGCUCAACACCCAGGCCACUUCGCAGUGAAUUGGUAAAAAUGUAGAAUAAUAAAAGGUGUAAUCAUUGGGUACAAUUAUGGCACAUUUUGGCUAAUUGAGGUAAAUCAUCUCCAAAUCUCUUCCAUCGAGCCAAAUAUAUUCCUUUUCUACAUAGGGAAUUAGAAGAAUUGAUACUGAAGUGCAGUGAGUUUGGUGAAAGUAAUUCUGCCUUACUGGUUGGACCUAGAGGAAGUGGAAAAUCAACUGUAAGACUGAGAAAUUAAUUUUGUAAUACAGUGCUGCAAUGUGGAUUUCAAAUCCCCAAGAUCCACCCCCACUUUCCUGGACAAAAUUAACAUUAGCCAGUGUAUACUAAAAUUCUCAUGAUUUCUGGGACUUUCAAUGGCAGUUGCAUUAGUAUAGUGAUUAUAACACUCUCCUGUGGGAAAUUUGCACACCCUGCAAGAUGAGUCCUCAGCCCUAGGUGGCCUAGCAAUAUACUGUACAGUGUAGCCAAGCAUAAUAGAACUUUAUAUAUGUAUAUACCAUAUUCAGGGUUCGAAAUAACGAUCUGAAAAUUAUAUGUCACUUCACUCAAAUUUUGUAGGCUGUUUUUUGUAGGUGAAAAUUUUUGCCGGCUAUUUUUGAAGCGAAGUUUAGUUAUGUUCUGGAGUGGGCAUAGCCAUGGGCCAAGUAAUAGUGAUGUAAACCAAUUACACAACAUUUGUAAGAACAUAGUUGUAAUACAUUUUAUUUGGUGUAGGAACGAACAUUUCAACAUUAACAAGUUCUGUGUACAUGUAUGUGUUAUUGUAAGCGAGUCAUCGGUGAAUAAAUAUAAUACUUUGAAAAAUAAAUACUGUACUUUGAAAUUAAAAAUCGCCAGCAAGGUCCUAAAACACCAGCUAUCGCCAGAAGCUGGCGGCUAUUUCAAACCCUGAUAUUUUACCAUCUUCUCCAAUGAACCCAACUGUAAGAGCUAUUGUAGCUUUUUUUAUACAUGGUACAGGCAAUAGACUAUGCUUUGAAAACUCUCAAAGAAGAAAAUAAAUUGGAACAUUUAUUGGAAGUAAAACUGAAUGGUAUGUGAAGCAAUAUAUAAUUAAACUGUAAAAAUACUGUACUAGUAAUUUAGUGAUAAUUUUAUAGCCUGAAAUUGUCAAAAGCAUUGUUGUGUUUCAUAUAAUUACUAAAUCUGAGUAUUUUCCUUUCACCGUUGAUGACAGGUCUUGUUCAAACAGAUGAUAAAUUGGCAUUAAAAGAGAUCACCUUUCAACUGCAGUUAGAAAAUACUGUUGGAGAUAAAAUAUUUGUAAGGAAGAUAAUAAAAUUAUAUUUACUAAAUAUACCAAUAGUAAAUAACUAAAAUAAUAAAUCUAAAAUUCAUAAUACGCUACAAAUCAUAAAUAUGCUACAUUGUGUUCAGCACAAGUAAUUUUACUCUUCGAAAUUUAAAUAUGAUAUACUAUACAAAUAAUGAAUAUUUAUGAGUGCAAUGGUAAGAAUAUUUUCAUGAGGUGAAAGAUGGAAUGUUCCAUUCAACGAGGCGACAGCCGAGUUGAAUGGAACAUUCCAUCUUUCACCGAAUGAAAAUAUUCUUACCAUUGCACGAAGAAACAUUCAUUAUUUGUUUUAUAUACUGUAAUACCAAAAGUCCAGAACAGACUAACAGAUUCGUAUGAGAAGCAUUUUGAGGGAUGCGAUUUAUCGAAAACACAAAGAGUGCAAUUGUACUAUACGUUUUAUUCCAUUGCACUCACGGAGAGUGCAAUGGAACGUGUUCCAUUGCACUCUUGGGAAAUGGAAUUUUCUAUUCAAUAUCACGUGACCAUAAACAGCCAAUUAAACGAUUAGAAUUUAAUAAGGUAUUAUAUAAAUUAAAUUAACAUUAAAUUUGAAAAAUACUUGCCUUGCCCUCACACUGCAGCAGGUACAAAAAGCAGGUUGCAGGUUGAAAUUUUGCAGGUUGGAAUUUUGCAGGUUGGCAAUUUUGCAGGUUGGAAUUCUGCAGGUUGGGGAUUUUGCAGGUUGGAAUUUUGCAGGUUGACAGGAAUUUUGCAGGUUGAUGAUGCAAACUGAAAAUUGCACUACUAUAAAAUAUUGUAGUAUAAUUUUAUUAUGUACUUAUUGCAGUCUGACUCCUUGUCGGCACUUUUGAUAUCAGCCUAUCCUACUACCAUGUUUCUAGCCUCUGCUCAGAUAUCACCCUUGUGAAAACAUUCAAAAUGACCAGAUUGGCUUGGAUCUUCAGGGGGACGAAUGUUUCGAUUGUUGCGAGGAGCCUACAUGACGUGGUGGCAAUUCAGAAAUGCCUGAAUGAGGUGUCUCUCCUCUGCACCCACUUAUGAGACCACUCAAGUCCCCAAUUACUGUAUCAUCACUCGAGAGUUAGUUAACUUUUAACAACAUUCUAGUAUAAACGCCGCCACAUCGUGUAGGCACAUCGCAACAAUCAAAACAUUCGUCUCCCUGUAGGUCCAAGCCAAUCUGGUCAUUUUGAAUGUUUUCACGGGGGUGAUGGCCACUAGCCUUAGAGCAGAGGCGCCAACAAGGAGUCAGACUGCAAUAAAUGCACAACUAAAUUAUACUAGAAUACUAAAAAAGUGGUGUAAUUUUAAGUUUGCAUUAUCAACCUGCAAAGUUCCUGGCAACCUGCAAAAUUCCAACCUGCAAAAUCCCCAACCUGCAAAAUUCCAACCUGCAAAAUUCGCAACCUGCAAAAUUCCAACCUGCAAAAUUCGCAACCUGCAAAAUUCCAACCUGCAACCUGCGUUUUGUACCUGCCGCUCACACUGUGUCUUAUAUAGUCUAGGUCUGUGGUAUAUAAUAUCUCGUUUUCCUAUAAAAUAGUUUUUGUUUGGGUUUUGACUUUUGGAUAAAUACCUACUGUAUGUUGUUUUGUGUAGGGAUCCUUUGCCGAAAAUUUAGUUUUUCUCUUGGAAGCUUUGAAAACUGGUAA